UUGAGGCGAGAAGCCGGCGGGUCCCGCCUCUUCCUGUCAGCGCGUGCCUGGAGCAGAGAGGGCUCGUGCGGAGGGGGGCUGGCGAUGGAAGGCGCGGGCGAGGCGAGGCUGCCGACGGCUCCCGUUGCGAUGGACACGCAGGCGCCCGGCGAGGGUGCGGGGUCUCCCGGCGAGGGAGACUUCACCAGCGUCUGCAAGCGGAAGAGGCGCCGGGAGGGGGCCAUGGAAACGAGCGGGUGCCCGUUGCCCAGGAAGCGGCCGGAUUUCCCCCCUCUUCGUGGGGACGCCCUUGGAAAUGGGAAAAGUGAAAUGAGAAAAAUUCCUGUACCAGCGAACAGAUAUACACCUUUGAAGGAGAACUGGAUGAAAAUAUUUACUCCUAUUGUAGAACAUUUGCAACUUCAGAUUAGGUUUAAUUUAAAAAGCAGAAAUGUGGAGAUAAAGACAUGUAAAGAAACUAAAGACAUAAGCGCUUUGACAAAAGCAGCUGAUUUUGUGAAAGCUUUUAUACUUGGAUUUCAAGUAGAGGAUGCUCUUGCUCUAAUAAGAUUAGAUGACCUUUUUCUAGAAUCCUUUGAAGUAACGGAUGUGAAACCUCUAAAAGGAGAUCAUCUUUCUAGAGCAAUAGGAAGAAUUGCUGGAAAAGGUGGAAAAACAAAAUUCACCAUUGAAAAUGUAACAAGAACGCGAAUAGUUCUUGCAGAUUCAAAAGUUCAUAUUUUAGGGUCUUUCCAGAAUAUCAAAAUGGCAAGAACAGCAAUUUGCAAUCUCAUUCUAGGAAGUCCUCCAUCAAAGGUUUAUGGGAAUAUUAGAGCAGUGGCCAGCAGAGCAGCAGAAAGGUUCUAAGACCAAGGAUUCAGAUUUGAUGCUGUAUUGUUUUUUUUGCACAAGAAAAAGGACUGGUAUGCAGAAGUCAUAAUAAUAAACUGAUGGCAAUCCUCCAUGCUAGUAUGACUGUUAUCUAAAGAAAACCAUCUGCAGAAUUAUCCUCACCCAAGCAUACUCUCCGAAUAUAAACUGAUAUGUACAAUAAAAAUGGCACUAGUUUGCUUUA